AGACGAGGGCUUUUAGCUCCUCAAAAUACGUUCAUAGAAGAUGUCAUUAGGAUUACCACAAACCAACAAAGUCAUUUUCUUGUGUGCAAUGCAAAAAUCGUUGGGUACCCAAUUGUGUUUUGUGAUUCCGGGUUCUGUCGGAUGACAGGUUACUGCAGAGUAGACAUCCUUCAUAAAGAAGCUGUGUGCAAAUUCAUGCAAGGAGAACAAACUGAUGUGAACACGAUCGAACGUUUCAAACAAGUUCUCGAUGAUCAAAUGCAGGAAACUUUAGAAAUACUUUUCUAUAGAGUGGAUAAGUCAAUAUUAUGGACGAAAACUACUGUAACUCCGAUACGAAAUAACCAAGAUGCAAUAAACUUGUUCCUUAUCACCUUCAAAGACAUCACUGCUCAGAAACAGCUUAUGGAGGAGGACGCUAGCAAAAUUACUUCACUGGGUAUGUUAGUUAGACUAGCAAGAACUGUUUCGAGAAGCAUGGCGAAGCAUCCAGCAAUUUGUUUAAUUAACAUUACUACUUUGCAGAGUUCACAAGAUGGAAUGUUUCCAAACGAUCAAAGCAUUCCAAGAUAUUGUCAAGAAGUCCCGAGAACUCCUGCUAAUAUCCUCCUUCACCAUUCAGCUUUCAAAUCUUUUUGGGACUGGGCCAUUUUAAUUUUGACUUUUUAUACUGCCGUUAUGGUUCCUUAUAAUGCGGCUUUCCAAGGAAAGACCAUGGAUAACAUACUUGUAUUGGUUAUCGACAGUGUGGUGGAUGUUGUAUUUUUUAUUGACAUAAUGUUAAAUUUCCAUAUGACUUUUGUUGGUCCAGGAGGUGAAGUUGUCUCGGAUCCAACCGUAAUUAGAAUUAAUUACCUCAAGAGUUGGUUUAUUGUUGACUUAUUAUCGUGUCUACCAUACGAUGCGUUCAAUGCAUUUCCAGAUGCUACGGAAAAUGUCAGCAAUCUACUGAGCGCACUGAAAGUGGUUAGAUUACUGAGGUUAGGCCGUGUUGCACGAAAACUUGAUCAAUACAUUGAAUAUGGAGCAGCUGUGUUGGUUUUACUCAUAGUGAUGUUUGCAUUAAUAGCUCAUUGGUUUGCUUGUAUCUGGUUCACAAUCGGAAAUAUAGAAGCAUCCAGAGGUGUUCAAUACAGUUGGUUACAGCGUUUGGGAAGAGAAACUGAAGCUUCAUACGUAAAAAUAAACGAUAGUGACGGUGAAAUUAUUUGGGUGGGUGGUCCAUCUGAUGCCAUGUCUUACGCAUCAGCUCUUUAUUUCACCUUGUCCUGCAUGACGAGUGUUGGGUUUGGGAACGUGUCUGCCUCCAGCGAAUACGAAAAACUUUUCACCGUCUGCAUGAUGAUUCUUGGAUCUUUGUUAUACGCUACUAUAUUCGGAAAUGUUACAACAAUAUUCCAACAAAUGUAUUCAUCAACUGGACGUUAUCAUGAAAUGUUGAAGAACGUAAAAGAUUUCAUGAAAUUGCAUUGUGUUCCGAGAUCUCUAAGUGAGAGAGUUAUUGAUUACGUUAUAUCGACUUGGUCAAUCAAUAAGGGAAUAGAUUCCAACAAAGUAGUACUCAACUACUGUCCGGCUGAUUUGAAAGCUGAUAUAUGUGUUCACUUAAACAGGCAUGUCUUUAGCGAACAUCCAGCUUUUCAACUAGCAAGUGAAGGCUGUUUAAGAGCUUUAGCGGUUCAUUUCCAGCUAAGUCAUUGGGCUCCAGGAGAUAUGUUGUUUCAUCAAGGAGAAAGCUUAGACUCCUUGUGUUUUAUAAUUACAGGUUCACUUGAAGUAGUCCAAGAUGAACAAAUAGUAGCAAUCUUAACUAAGGGCGAUGUAGUAGGAGAUCAGUUUUGGAAAGAACCUGGAAUAAACCAAUGUAUGGCAAAUGUUAGAGCUUUAACCUACUGCGAUCUUCAUCUCAUCAAAAGUGAAAAAUUAAUGGAAGUGUUGACAUUUUAUCAACAGUUUGCUAUUUCUUUUGAAAGAACAUUAAAAUUGACCUACAACUUAAGAAAAAGGAUUGUUUUUAAAAAAAUAUCUGAUAUAAUCAAAGAGAAAGAAUUAGAGGAGAAAAAAUUGGAUUUAUCUGAAACACAUCCAGUCAGAAAAAUAAUAUCCCGUUUUAGAAAA